AGUCAGUCGCAUCAGUCUAAUCAACAGCGAGAUUUCGAGUGACCAGCGAGAGGUGACCAACGUUAUGUGGACGUUAUUUUUUGCGUCAUCCUGCAUUCAUCGGAAGUAACGAAACGUGAAUAGAAUUUGUAUUUUUGAAACGCAUCGGCAAAGAAGUAGCGGAUCGAUGGUGCAGUAUGUGAUGGUGGGAUGAAUACCCAGGAAGAUAAGUUCUUCAAGAAGUGAAUGGUUUUUGGCGCAAAGCUUGCAAUUUGUGUUGAAUCCACCGCUCUGAGGACCGUUCGCUGAUGUCCAGCUUCAGUUGAAUGUGAUUCCGCCUCGUUUACCGUUGCAUUUGUGAAAACACGUGCGCUUAGAGGGUGGGUAUUUAUGGUAUAGUCCAAUGCUGAUAGUGUGCCGGUGGUGUGUCGAUAACUAUGCUGUGCGGUUAGUGAAGUAUGGCAGUAAAUUAUAAAUUAUCCAUAAAUAGUGGUAUAAUGAAGCAAUAAUACAGCGGAGCUGUAAGCGGUUAGCCACCAAACCGGGGUGUGCUGUGAAUGUGCAAGAUUGUUGAAAAGCUCGAAAACGGCGUAAACGUGCUGCAGCAAACGAAAGGUUUUACUUUCGACCACAACAGCAUACGCGUCGUUCUGGCAAGAAUAGAAAAUAGGGUGAGAAGCCCGGGGUGGUGGUGGUGGUGGUAGCGGUAAAUUGGAAAAUAUUGCUUCGCGUUAGGAGUCGACUCCUCCACUGACGCCGAACUUCUGGCGAUCUUGUGUGGAUGCUCUACCGUCCAGCAGCUCAAAACCACCAGUCGGUUCGAACCACCCCGUCGAAGUAAGGUAUAGCUUUCCGGUGGGAUUAAUUUUCUUCUCGCUAGCGGGUUGCAAUGAGUGGCGGUGCCCCGUGCCGGACGUGGUUCGGCCCAGCAGCAAAGACACCCCGGACCACCUUUGUCAGCAGGAUGGCUCAAUUGUGGUUGUUGGUGCUAAUGUCAGCAUUUGCCGUAGCUACGAUAGAAAACAUUAAAGAUGAUGGCAGAUUUAUAUCACACAACGAUCUUCUUUUAACUGCAAAUCGGUUUUCGGACCCCAAUAUAACUUCAUACACCCGAAUGCUGAUCGAUGUUUCCGGUGAACAAAUUAUCGCAGGAGCAAGAGAUUACCUGUUCCGGUUUUCAAUGAACCUGGUAGAGAAAGAACGAGCACCGUGGGAGGUGCCGACCAGCAUGCAUGGACUCUGUGUGCAGAAGGGUCAAUCGGAGGACGCGUGUCAUAACUACGUGAUGGUGCUGCAGAACUACGGUAGCCAGCUGUACGUCUGCGGUACACACGCGUUCAAUCCACGGUGCACCGUGCGCCACAUGGAGGAUCUUUCCGUGACCAGGAACGAUGACGGUGUGGCUAAAUGUCCGUUCAACCCGAACGCCAACAUGACCGCGCUAAUAUCGGAGACGGGUCAACUGUUCGUCGGUACGGCGACCGAUUUUUCCGGACUCGAUUCCGCCAUUAUGCGGUCGGACAUUACGGAGAACAACUCGCGCAUCCUGCGCACCGUCCAGUACAAUUCACUCUGGCUGAAUGAACCACAGUUUGCGGGCAGUUUCGAGCACGGUGGAUUCAUUUAUUUCGUGCUGCGUGAGGCCGCCGUUGAGUACAUGAACUGUGGGAAGAUCAUCUACUCGCGAAUAGCACGCGUUUGUAAGAACGAUCCCGGCGGUACACUGGGCAUCCUGAAGGACAACUGGACGUCGUUUGUGAAGGCACGCCUCAACUGCUCGCUGCCCGGAAAUUAUCCAUUCUACUACAACGAGGUGCAGGGUAUGGUGUAUUCGCAAGAUGAAGGUGUUUUGUAUGCGACCUUCACCACUCCAGAGAAUAGCAUUCAUGGGUCAGCCAUCUGUGCGUACAACAUGUCCGCCAUACAAGCUGCGUUCGACGGUGCCUUCAAGUACCAGGAAUCGAAGGGAGCGGCCUGGCGCGGUCAGGAAGUCAACAGUCGCGAUCACUACGAGUGUCGCGGUGCGGGAGCAACUGGACGCCACAUGUCACUGAUUGAAUCUUCCAAAUAUCAGCUGAUGGAUCAAGCGAUCCAACCGAUCACGGGACGUCCACUGUAUCACACGGCGUUGGAGCGCUUGAGCCACAUUGCGAUCGAUAUCAUACCCACCAAGCUGCACGAGCGUGUGCACAUCAUCUACGUCGCGACUGAUGCUGGUACGAUCAAGAAGAUCUCGGUACUGCCCCGCACCAAGGACACGUGUGUGAUCGAAAUCUGGCAACCGGAGGAGCGUCCGGAAACGCGCAUCAAGGUGAUGCAGUACGUGAAGGACACGGAAUCACUGUACGUCGGUACGGAACGAGCACUGAUGCGCAUCCCGGCGAACCACUGCGGACGUCAUCUGUCGCGAACGAGCUGUCUCAACUCGAUGGAUCCGUACUGUGGAUGGAACGAGUUGCAGGAGGCCUGCACGGUCGCUCCAAACGGAGACACGCUCGCACGGUACUGGGUGCAGAAUGCCACCGAAUGUCCCGUACUGACCGCACCGGUCGACGGUGGUUGGUCCGCGUGGUCCGGUUGGUUCCGAUGCGCACAAUCGCCCGGUCAGGCAGCGACCGGAGGUGCCGGUGCGACUGGUGAAGACUUCGGUCCCAAUGCGGACAGUUGCCUGUGUAGGACGCGAACCUGUAACAAUCCACCACCAAAGAACGGUGGCCGUGGAUGUACCGGUAUGCACAUUGCCGUCACCAACUGUACCGUGCACGGCGGGUGGACGGAAUGGUCCGCUUGGUCGGCUUGCUCACAGACCUGUGGAAUGGCGGUGAAGACACGUCGCCGUACCUGCGGCAAUCCGAAGCCAGCGCACGGUGGCCGGGUGUGUGUGGGACCGGAUCGGGCGGAAAUAUACUGCUCGCAUCUACCGCCGUGUCCGGCACCGAAGCAACCGCCCGUCGAUGGUGGCUGGGGCCCGUACGGUGACUACGGCGAGUGUAAUGCCGUGUGCGGUGGUGGAUUCCGAAUAAGGCGCCGCAAGUGUGACAACCCGGUACCGCAGAACGGAGGUAUGGAUUGUUCGGGCUGUCACUUUGACUACGAACUGUGCAACAACCAGGCGUGUCCGGAAGUCCGAAAGGCGGGCACUUGGACACCGUGGUUAACGGUCUCGAACGGAACGAUCCCCAACGGUGGAUACGUGGAGAAGCGGUUCCGGUUUACCUGCAAAGCUGCGAUAGCGGAUUCGGCACUGCUGAAGAUUACACCGAAGGAAGAGGUGCGCGUGUGUCAGGCGGAUGGGUCCUGUCAGCGUUUGGUUGAUCCGAAUGCACUUGCGCCGGGUUUGGCGGGCGGCGAGGACGGCGAGGAUGGAUGGACCGAAUGGAGCUCGUGGAGUCCGUGCAGUGCGUCGUGCGGUGGUGGAUAUCAGCAUCGCACACGUACCUGCGAAAAGCUGGAGUGUGUUGGUUUUAACAAAACACGGCGAGCGUGCAACACGCAACCAUGUAGAGGCGAGUGGGGAUGCUGGACAGAUUGGUCACCGUGUUCGGUUAGUUGCGGUACUGGCACACGUUCCCGAUCGCGUCAAUGCCUGUCGAUGUCGGGCAGCGUUACGCCCGAGAAUGAUUGUGAAGGUAAAAGCGUCCAGUACGAGAGUUGCGAUAUGCCGAGCUGUGACUCAUUGCUUGGAUGGGGCGAGUGGAGCGACUGGUUACCGUGCAAUGCGGACAACGAGAAGAUUCGCACCCGGACCUGUCUGCAGCCACAUUCCGUCUCGCCCACCGGUGAGCUCACGUGCCAGGGCAGUGAUCGUGAACUGCGCAAGUGUAACAUCGAGCAAGCAAAUGAUGUUCCACUGCCACCGGCGGCCGUGUACGUGUCAUCGAUUUCGGCCAUUUUGAUCGCUGUGCUGGUAACGAUGCUAGUGUGCUGCGGCGUCAGCAUAGCUGGCACUGUAGUAUUCAUGAACAAGAAAAAGAAAGGCCUGAAAGCGAUCCAGGGUUCGCCGUGCUAUGGUUCUUAUCCCAACCAAUACUCGUCACUACCGACCAAGGAUGUUAGUAUGGAUUUAAUGUACACCGAUGGCGGCCACAAACCGAAACGACAAUCGUCCUUCAAAGGUUCACGGAACGAUGCGAGUGGAUCGAAGCUUUCCAAUGGCACCGGUACGCUGGUGAAGUCGAUCAACGUGAACGGUGGCCCGCUGGGUAACAACACGCCGAAGAUACUUUCGAAAUCGUUCAACGAAACCGACACGGCCACAAUCAAGCGCAAUUCCCACGGUCCCAACAACAUCCGGCAUGCCCGCCAGUUGGAGAUGGACGAGGACAAGUACUGACCGAACGCCGCUCAUAUGGAACCCGACCUGGUGGAUAGAAUCUAGACAGUCAAACGUGUUGUUGAGAAAUUCUAACCGAACUGCAAUUUAACCGAAGAAUUUCCCCGGUUUUCCGAUAGCUGUUGGCAACGGUUGUUAAGUAGCGUUUAAAAGAUUGACACAUAGCUUUUAAUGGAAAGUAUUUGGCUUUUUCAGUAGCAACACUUAGCGCAACACGGACAAAACAUAGUCGUGUAGAGGUAAUUUUUGCGUUAAGAUGAAGCUUUGCAAUGCCGAUGUGUGCCAUUAGUAUAAUUCUCUUUAUCUCGUACGAUCGCCCAAACAAAGUAACAAAAAGGUCGUUGUAAGCUAAUAGGUUGAGUAGAGUGAAAUGGUAUCGUUUUAAGACUGUUGCUGGAGGUAAACUUGGUGGCGAUCGUAAACUCUCUAAAGGUAACAUUUUUAAAAGUUGUAAAGAAGAAAAGACUUAGCUCGUAGGUGAUAUUGUUUUUAAGCCAUUUAAAGUAAGGUAAUGCUACAGGUUCGUGUGGUGUUUACGGUAGCACAGUACAAGGUAGCUCAUAUUGAGCAAUGUAGUAAUAGUAGAACACGUAGCAUUUAUGUCGAUGAUGAUGUCCAGCGUUAGGGAGGUUGAUUAACAUAACAUAAGGGCAUAACAUAAUAGUGGUUGGCAUCGGUCGAAACGGAAAAAACGAAUAAUCAUAGACGAAGGGCCAAAACGAAAUAAUUCAAAAAGACUUAAGCAAAGCGUUGAAAGACAUUGUGUAGAUUUUAGUGCAAAACGUGUAGUAGUUUGCAAAGCGUACAGAGCGUUUCGGUUAAGUUUGUUGAAGCUUCCACUAACGAUGUGUUCGAGUUCGACGUUGACUUAAAUCUAGUGAUAAACCAAGUAAAUGUAGUAGCAUUGUUACAGCAAUCAAAA